AUGGCCGGAAAGUUAUUGGGAUUCAUAGUCAGUCGAAGGGGUAUUGAGCUCGACCCUUCAAGGAUCAAGUUGAUUCAAGAGUUACCUCCCCCAAAGACGAAGAAAGAAGUGAUGAGUUUCUUAGGGAGGUUGAACUACAUCAGUCAAUUCAUAGCUCAAUCAAUUGUGGAAUGUGAGCCUAUAUUCAAUCUAUUGAAGAAGGAUGCUUUGACAAAGUGGACUGACGAAUGUCAGACUGCUUUCGAUGCUAUCAAGAACUAUUUUUCCAAUCCACCGAUAUUGGUUCCUCCGCGAGAAAAGAGUCCAUUGUUGUUGAUGGACCCGUUGAAGUAUAUUUUCCAGAUGGCAAUGCCGACUGGAAAGUUAACUAAAUGGAAAAUGUUGUUAAGUGAAUUCGAUAUUGUGUAUGUGACUCAGAAGGCGAUAAAGUUACAGGUCUUGGCUUAUCAUCUUACAGAAAAUCCCUUCGAUGAAGAUUAUGAACCUCUUAAGACUUAUUUUCACGAUGAAGAAUUAUUGUUUGUGGGUGAAGAUAUUUCUGAAAUAUAUCCUGGCUGGAUAUUAUUCCUUGAUGGAACAUCAAAUAACUAA